UGUUCAUAAAUUAACAAGGUUAUGUUUACUAACGUAUACAUUUGUUAUUUGUCAUCAAAGUCGUACAAAUAAGUGUAAAAAAUAUAUAAAUAACUAGUGCAAAGUGUUAUGAUACGAAGAUAACAAAAACCAAAAAAUAAAAUUUAUUUAUAAAUUAAAAAAAAAUGCCAUCGUGGAAUCAAAUUCAAGCUCAGCUGCGUAACCCAAACAAUCCUGUUGUAUUUUUUGAUGUAUCUGUCGGCACAACGGAAAUAGGACGUAUGAUAUUUGAAUUAUUCGAAGACGUCUGUCCGAAAACAUCGGAAAAUUUUCGUCAAUUUUGCACUGGAGAGUAUCGUAAAGACGGAGUUCCACUAGGAUUCAGAGGAGCGAUUUUUCAUCGAGUUAUCAAAGACUUUAUGAUCCAAGGUGGCGAUUUCGUCAAUGGUGACGGUACCGGCGUGCUGAGUAUUUACGGGGGUAACACAUUUGCUGAUGAAAACUUUACUCUGAAACACGACUCCCCAGGUCUGCUUUCGAUGGCGAACAGUGGAAAAGACACCAACGGUUGUCAGUUUUUUAUUACCUGCGCCAAGUGUAAUUUUCUUGACGGAAAACAUGUAGUAUUUGGUCGAGUUAUUGAUGGACUCUUGGUGAUGAGGAAAGUUGAAAAUGUACCUACUGGUCCAAAUAAUAAACCGAAAAUUCCUGUAACUAUUUCACAAUGUGGACAAAUGUAAAUUUAUUAGCGUUUUUGAAUUUCAAUAAAUUUUUUAUAUUUA